AUGACGGCUGGUGCUUACAGCAAUAACAAGAGCGUGCACACGAUACACGAGUAUUCGCCUACCGUUCCACCUGGAUAUAACAUAUCGGAAAGACCAACACAGAUCAUUUACCUUUCGAUCACUGCACGAAGCAUUUCGGAUUUGACGAUUCGCGUCGUGGAUCAAGACAGUCAAUUGUUAGAUUUUCGAGGAGAGCAGAUCACCGUUCGACUGCAUAUCUCCGCCGGUACCGGGGCGAACCACAGGACGAGGCGGUCGAAGCCUACCGGUGCUAUAGGUGGCAGCUGGCCCGCGAAAAGUGUCGGAGGCCAGCUCCUGGAGAGCGGCGCCGCCCGAAAGAGGACGGUAGCGGCGGUCCUGCCGAGCUUCGAUGCUUGGCUGGACCGCCGACACGGGCGACUCACCUACCGGCUCACGCAGGUGCUCACCGGACAUGGUUGUUUCGGUGAGUACCUGCACAAGGUGGGGGCGGAGGGAUCGCCCGCGUGCCACCAGUGCGGCGCGGAGCUGGACUACGCGCAGCACUUGCUGGAGGAGUGCCCGGCCUUCUCGCGAGAGAGGCGGGCACUCUGCCUAGCUAUUGGAGGGGACCCCUCGCUCCCGGCCGUCGUUCCGGCCAUGGUCGAGAGCGAGAGGUUCUGGAACGCGGUGUCCUCCUUCUGCGAGACUACUGUCUCGUGGAAGGAGGAUGACGAGCGGGAUCGGGAGCGCACCGAUCCCGCUCGCAUAGAGAGGAGGAGGUUGAGGCGGCCCAGGCGACGGCGGCUAGCUGCCGCCCCUGCCGCAGAGAGGACUGGUCCUCCCCCCCGUAAACCCUCACCUCCUCCUGGCAGUCUGCCGCGUAGGGCGGCCCUGCACACGUAGCCGGCGAGCCCAAAGCUUGAGCUCGCCGGC